GUCUGUUAAUUUCCGCCAACCCGCCAUUUUCCAAUACUUUUGAACCAUUUGCCGCCUAAAACUAAAGGCUUCAUCCACUCCCCCCGUCUUCGUCGUCUUCACUCAGCCCCCAUUUAUCUUCAAAAGCCGGAAAUCAGAUCCGUUCUUCAUCUGUCCAGGAGGCCCUGUUCAAAAAAACCCUAAAAUCUAUUGUUCCGGAACAUCCGGCCGAUGGAAAGCUUCGACGACUACGAGUCGUUCUCACCUCCCGUCGAACUCCCGCCGUUGCUGAAGACUCCGAGUUUCAAACGAUUAAAGAAACCCGGGAGGGCCGCGGAAAAUCCUCCGGCGACUUCAAUUGACGACGUUUUUGCGUUUCCUCAAGUCGAUUUUGCCAAAUUGGAAGCUCUGGAAGCUUCUGAAACCUUAGUAGAGGAUUCCGAUGAUUCGGAGGGGCCUCGGUUGCCGCCUCCAGGCUUGGAUGAUGAUUCUGAGUUGAAAUUUGACUCUGUGGGGAAGCAUAAUGAGGCCCGUAGGGUUUUGAGCUCGGAUGAGGAGAAUGGGUUGGAUAUGAAUGCAGAAGGACUGAGAUCUGUUGGUGAAAAUGGCGAGGAGAGUGUGGAAGCUGGUGAAGGGCUAGAAGAUCGGAAGCUCGAGAUAAAAGAAAGCAAAAGGAAAAAAAGUGCAGAUUCGAAUUCGAAUGGAAGUGAUAAAAGUAAGAGCAAGAAGGCAAAGGUGGAUGAUGGUGUUGAUCUAAAGCCCAAAGAGUCAGCUCCGAAUAAAGGAAGAGAACAGAAGGAAAGGAAACAAAGUUUGCAGCAGCUUCAUGCUGAGACCCAGAGGCUAUUAAGAGAAACAAGAGAUGCCUCAUUCAAGCCUAUACCGGUUGUGCAUAAACCCAUAUCUUCAGUAUUGCAAAAGAUUCGGCAGAGGAAGCUUGAGAUCUCAAAAAAAAGUAUAUCAUUAACAAACAGCUAUUCUCUUCAUACAAACAAUGGUGGAGUGAGAAAAAAAGUGGCUGAGGAGGACUUGGACAACAUUUCUAAAGAACAUUUCGUAGUUGAAAUAUCAGAAAACAUGACAGAGUCACAGGCUGAGGAUUCAAAAAAUGUUGCAACUGGGCCUUCAGUUCCUGAAGCUGAUGCAGAUCAUGAAAGUGUUUCAAGUCAAGCGGUUCUGGACGAAGUUGCUCAGCCUAUGUUUCGAGCUCCCGUUGAUACUCAGGAUAUUUUUGGUGAUUCUCAAGAUAUUGAUGAAACAAAUGAGACCCCUAAAUGCAAUGAGGAUAGUAGUCCAUUGGAAGAAAUAAUGGCACCAUCUGUCCUUGCUAUGAAACUGAAGUUUGAUUCUAUCCCUCCAGAUGAAUGCUCUUCAGAUGAAGAAGACCAUCACAUAGAGGAUAUAGAUCAAAAUCCUGAUCUAGACUGUCCUCCAAAAGGUGACCCAGUUAAACUAUUUGUUGAUGAGGAAGCUGAGGAAGAUGACAGUGACAAUGACGCACACCGCUUUGAUCAAAAUGAAGAUGAUGAAGAUAUUGAUGAUUUUGAAGAAGUCAAAGAUAUGAUUGCUACUAAUUUUGAAGAGAAACCCUCAGAUAAUGAGAGGCGGAAUGACCUUCAUAGGAAGUGGCUUGAGCAGCAGGAUGCGGUUGGAACUGAAAACCUGCUCCAGAAAUUGAAAUUUGGUUCCAAACAUAAAGAGACAGCAUUGCUUGAUGAUGAACAAGUGGACAGUGAGUCUGAAGAAUUUAAUGAUGAUGCUGAAGAGGAAGCACAGCCAAUGAUUUCUGCACGACUAAAUAAGAGAAAAGCAAAACAAAUAAUAACUCAGAUGUUUAUGGAAAAAGAUGACGUUUUCUUAUCAGAUGAUGAAGAGGAGAAAGACAGGAUGAUUAUAAAACAGCAUGCCCUUAUUAGAGCUGAAGACCAGACAACACUGGUGUCUCCAAUUGAAGAUGAAAAUUCCAAAACAUUUUUUGGUCUUAUAAAGAAACUGAAUACAGUCCCUGACAAAAAGAAGAAAGCAAAACCGUCCUCUUAUUUUGAAAAAAUUCUAGGAGGCUCAAAAGACAAAUGCUCUUCAAAGUCAUCCUUUCUUGGGCGAGCAACAAAGCGUCAUAUUCCAGUACCCAACAAGCAAAGUUCAUGCACGUUUCGAUCUUUCAUCUUUGAACGUGAUGACAGCAAUAGCCGGACUUCAUUCCCAAUGUCAGAUGAUUCCUCACACACGGUCGUCGCAGAAAAACAUCCAACCAAGAACAGUGUAGCUAAGUUCAGUGGUUCUCAAGCAAAAUACAGUACUCCUAGCAAAAGCUCUGGUGAAGAAAUAUCAAGUGGGCUUUCCCUGUUUGAUAUACGACCUUCGCCACCCAGUCUCAGAAAUGAAGAAAAUGAUGAAUUAUUUUCAAUCAAGCUCCGCGGGCUACUUUCGAGGCUCCCAAGAAGGAAGCGAAGUUAGGAUAUAUUCUCUGUGAAUAUCACAUUAUUUUAUAGGACUCUACUCACUCUUGGACUAAAUAUAUGGCACAAAGAUAAUCCAACACCAGAGGAGUGAAGAUUUUUUUUAAAGGUUUCAUAUGUGUUUUCAAUAGAAUGUAAAAUGUGAUAAGCUAUUUUUAAUGUUAAGUACUGCCUCUAUUGCAAAUUAGUUUGAUUGUUUGAGCUUAUCAUGAUUCUUUAUGUAAUUUUUUGGCGGUUAAUAGUUUUACUUUUACAUUAAUAAAUGUUAGGAGUACUC